AUCGUGGGAUUGACUUGCACAGCUAUGAACUUAUCUUUGGAUUUUUGAGACGCACCAAAUUUCCCCAUCUUCUUCCUCCUUGCCUUUAUGCCCAGCUGGGAAAUCGAAUCAUUCAAAGCCAACAGCCACCUGUCUGCGAUACUGCCUUCUUUAGUGUAAAUCAUGUCAAAUGUUUUUCUCAUCUGUGGCCAAACAAAGUGGCCUUUUCCAGCGCUGCUCCUUUUUCUCCUCCUGAGGGUUCAUGCAGCCCCCUCAGGGCCUGAGUCUGACUCCUGCUCCACCUUAGUUCAGAGCCGCUUCUUUGGCUUCUUUUUGUCUUCAUCAGUGUUUCCUUCUGUGCCUUGUUCUUGGACCCUGCAGAAUCCCGAUCCACGACGGUACACUGUGUUCAUCAAGGUGACCAAACCUAGGGAGAGCUGUGUGCCGUCACAGCUCCGCACCUUCCAGUACGACUCCUUCCUGGAGAUCACACACACCUACCUGGGAAUGGAGAGUUUUGAUGAGAUUGUAGGGCUCUGUGAUAACUCUGUCCCGGUGGCCUUCCUAGAGGCUGGAAAGCAGUUCCUACAAAUGAGGAAAGGACCUCCUAGGGCUGGUAGGCAAGUCCAAGAAGAGGAUGGAGAUUUUAAAACAGAAUACCUUGUGGUGGGGAAGCGCAAUCCAAGCAUGGCAGCCUGCCAGAUGCUGUGCCAGUGGUUAGAGGACUGCUUGGCCUCUAGCACAUCUAAGCGGCCCUGUGGCAUAAUGCAGACGCCAUGUUUGUGCUGGGACCCACUGCCACAGCUCACUGAGACUGAAAGUUGUUACCACAAUGGAGUUUACCUGGAAAGCUGUUUACCCAGCACCACAAAGAGUGGGAGAAAUGCUGAACUAAACGGUGAGUAG